AUGUCGAACUCGCUGAGCAAACCACCGACUCGGGAGCUCGACCCGCCCGAAAAUUGGCUUCCUACUCAGAAUGACCACCGGAACAGGGCGACCUGGAGGGACAAAUUAUGGGCAGAGGUCGAUACGAAACGCACGACGACCUCGAUGGUCUGGGCGUGUUUCCUCACAGGGCUCACUUCGGCCGUCUCGUUCUCGGCAUGUUACAUCUGGUGCGGUUUCCAAACCGGCGGAGUCGCCCAACUAGGCAUAGCCGUAGCCCGUCUCUUUGGCUCUCACCGAACCUCAGGCUUCCUCAUGCCGGACAAACAAGCCCUCUGUAGUCUCCUCUCCUUCCUCUUGGGUACCAGCUUGGGAAGGUUCGGAGACAAGAUCGGACCGCACCGAAGGAUAUGGUUGAUAAGCGCUACGGUAGCACAGGCCUUGUCAGUCAUGGCUGCGGCGAUCGCAGCGCAUUACAGCGGGCAGUCUGGGAUUGCUGGGGACCGAGAAGAUCCUAGUUGGACGAAUCCGACGAGUUUCGCUGCAUUGGGGUUCAUGUCGGCUUCUCUUGGCUUACAAGGGAUCAUCGGAGUUCGUUUGAAUACACCAUUCGGAACCGCCGUCGUCCUGACUACCGUCUGGGUAACAACAAUCAACGACCCCUUCCUCUUCGCCCUCCGCCUAGUCCCCUCUCGGGACCACCGCCUGCUCUCCAUCGCAGCCGUCUUUGUCGGGGCGUUCGUCAGUCGAGCUCUGAUCGAUUCGAUAGGCCCCGCGGGGACGUUGGGGAUCUGUGCGGGAUUGAGGUUCUUAGGAGCUGCAGGUUGGAUGGGAGUCAGGGAUAAGCCGAAGGUCGGAGCUGUGUAG